GGGCUGGCUGGGGAGAUGCUCUGCCAGGCAGGCGGGACUGUGGCAGGGGCUGUGCCCAGCCUUCCCUCCGUCUCCCCAGGGAAGGAGCCUUUCUCUCACUCCAGGCUUCUCCCCCGCCACACAGAAAGGGAGAGAGGAGGCAGCAGAAGGGUCCCUGCGCAGUGCCAGCACCCAACUGCCUGGCUUACUGCAGGCAAACCAUGAGGAAAAGCCUCUUUGUCCCUACAGCCACCUCCCCUGCUGUUUGAAGCCUCCACCUUGCAGAGGGGACCAUGGAGGAGCACUACAUUUCCAAACUCCACCCAGUAGUGGAUUACGGAGCUGGGGUCUUUCUUCUGCUCAUAGCCAUCCUGACCAUCCUGGGAAACUCAGCCGUCCUCGCUACAGCAGCGAAGCGCUCCUCCCUCCUGAAGUCCCCGGAGCUGCUGACGGUCAACCUGGCAGUGGCAGAUGUCGGGAUGGCGAUCAGCAUGUACCCGCUGGCCAUUGCAUCCGCCUGGAACCACGCCUGGCUGGGAGGGGAUGCGUCCUGCAUGUAUUACGCCCUGAUGGGCUUCCUUUUCGGCGUCUGCAGCAUGAUGACGCUGUGUGCCAUGGCCGUGAUUCGCUUCCUUGUUACCAAUUCCUCCAAAACGAACAGUAACAAAAUCACCAAGAACACUGUCCGCAUCCUGAUCGCUUUCAUCUGGCUCUACUCCUUGCUCUGGGCCAUUCUGCCCUUGGUAGGCUGGGGCUACUACGGCCCCGAGCCAUUUGGCAUCUCCUGUACAAUAGCCUGGAGCAAAUUCCACAACUCCUCCAACGGCUUCUCCUUCAUCCUGAGCAUGUUCCUCCUGUGCACAGUCCUGCCUGCACUGACCAUCGUCGCCUGCUACUUGGGAAUUGCCUGGAAGGUUCAUAAGGCAUACCAAGAGAUCCAGAACAUCGACAGGAUCCCCAACGCAGCGAAACUGGAGAAGAAGCUGACACUGAUGGCUGUGCUCAUCUCGGUUGGGUUCCUGAGCUCGUGGACACCGUACGCAGCAGCCAGCUUCUGGUCCAUCUUUAACUCCAGCAAUUCCCUGCAGCCCAUCGUCACCCUGCUGCCGUGCCUGUUUGCCAAAUCUUCAACCGCCUACAACCCUUUCAUCUACUACAUCUUCAGCAAAACUUUCCGCCGCGAAAUCAAACAGCUGCAGUGCUGCUGGGGCUGGCGGCUGCACUUCUUCAGCACCGACACCUCCGCUGAAAAUCCUGUCUCGAUGAUGUGGAGCGGGAGGGACAACGUGCGUCUCUCUUCCACCGCAAAGGUGGAGAACCAGGGAGCUGCAGCUCACUGAAAUGCCGCCGUGCUUCAGAACAGAGGCCAAGAGUUUGCUGCACUCCUGGGUGCAAAUAAGAAGGAAUGCAGAACGUGGGGUUGUCACUGGUUUCUCUUAUGUCAAAUACGGAGGUUUGAGUAUAUAUUUUUAAACAGCUCCCAAUUACUAUUUUUAAGGUACACAACAGCAACAAAAAGAAAAUGCUAUUUUUUCAAGAAUUGCCACUCUAGAGGAAAUAGAUAGAUUUAGGUACUAAACAAGACCAUAAUCAGCUUUGGUCGCACUUAUUUUCAGGGAAACAGCUAUAAUUAAAAGAGGAUUUAUUAUUUUCAUAUUUUUUUUCUCAUGCUUUUGACUUUUUAAUGCAAUCUAUCCUGAAACUCUUGGCUCUGUCAGUAAAACAGCCAUCAGAGAAAACUCUAGGUUGAACGCAAAGCGUUACCAAAUAAAUACAGCUGAGAAUGUAGCUUUCCAGGAACGCAGGCAGAAAACCAUACGGGUAGAAGAAAUACAGCCAGGAAAAGAUGAUGAAGUGGUUGGUGUCAAAACAUCUUAGAGUGAUCAACAGUCCCUUGCUCCCUCGGAGGUAUAUUUCAAAUCCCAGACUCACUGAAUGGUUUGGGUUGGAAGGGACCUUAAAGAUCACCUAAUUCCCUGCCAUGGGUAGGGGCAUGUCCCACCAGACCAAGUUCCUCAGUUCCAGUUUUGUAAGCUCAAAAUAUUCGAAAUAGCCUUGGUCUGCAGAGGUUGGGUGGGAAUGUGGCAGCCAACAAAGAUAGAGAGCCUUCUGUACACCCCAAACAGUAUGAUGAGAGGUGAAGGAAUGUCUUAGCAAAGGGAAUUGUGCACUCGGUAAUGGCAGCCCAGCUGCUUGCUCAGCUGGCUGCAUCUCCCUUUGCCAUGAGUUUGGUGAAGGCAAAAAGUUAAAUCAAAGGCAGAUUUGGCACAGAAACACUUUAAACAAGAAAUUAAACAAGGAAUUUUUAUUCUUCUAAGCAUGAAUUUAAACAAGAAAUUAAGAGUUCUUAAAUAGCUUCCACCGU